GUAGACGAUAUCGUAUCUCACGUGUCGUUCUACGAGCCUGUCUUGGCGGCCUGGUUGCAACGGUUAAGCUUACCCGAACCAUUCAGCAUGGACGAAUCCAUUCCUACCCCCGGCUCUACAAAGGGUCCUCCAAAACCGCACAUACCCCUGGAGAGCCUCCUACCAGAAGCCCUGACGCAACAUGGCGAAUUCCCGUUGUUUUCAGACCUACCUUCCAUGACCCCGAGAUCUUACGAAGACAUCCCAUCCCUGUCGGAAAGUAUGGCCGGGGACUUCGAUCGCAGAGACAACUACAACAAGUACCACGCCGUCGAAACCUAUCGUACUCUCUGCGUUGUUGGCCUCAUCCUUCUCGUCCUGCUCACCUUCUUGUUGACGCUUCUGAACCGAGCCUUCGCAUCGCUCGGUGCCAGCGUCAACCAGUGCGAGACAGACGCCUGCAAGGCCUAUGCGUUGCGCCUGGAGGACAGCAUGAACAGUUCCAUCGACCCCUGCGAGGACUUUCACGGUUUCGUCUGCGGGAAAUAUUACAGCGCCCAUAUGAUGACUGUUCGUGACGAGGCCUUCGACGAUUUCGUCAAGAGAGUGACCAAAUUGGCCGUUGAGGUGGUAGUCAACAACAAUACGGAACAGAGCGCCACUCAGAAGGCUGCUCUCUUCUUCCAGUCGUGCGUCAACGUGCUGGAAGGUAGCGGCAAUGAACUGAGCCAAAUCAUUGGGAUCCUCACCGAUGCUGGCAUCGUCUGGCCGAGGAAUUCGCCAAACCCCGACGUAGUCGCAACGACUCUCUACCUCUCGGCUAACUGGCUGUGGCAAGGCUUCGUCCUGGUACAGUGGACUAGCCUCUCCGGAAAUCCGGCACUGAGUGUGACACCGUCCGAAUACUUACGCGAACUCUUGAGGCACAGAGAGCUGUUGUUUAAGCAAGAUAAAUACUUCGAGUAUUUUCGGGUCCUCUACCAGGCUUUCGAACCGACGGGAGUCACGCAGGAACUCGUUUAUACGGACCUGCGAGACAUUGAGGAUCGCGUGCUGAACCUAUUUGAAGAUAAACUAAACGAGCCUCGAUUCACCGUCGUCACGCCGAUGUGUCAGUUCAACCUCACCGAGCCCGAGAUUCCGAAAGAAAGAUGGCUGGAAGGGUUCAGGAAGUACUUCUCCAACCCUUCAGCCAGAGACCCUCAGGUAGUCGUAACGCAUGUAGCUUUCCUCGAACUGCUCGCAACGCUAAUACGCAAGGUAUCUGAACCGAAACUGCACUUUUACCUCGGCUGGACAGUUGUGCAGAGGAUUGCGCUUCUGGCCAACCAGGAGCUCAUAGCCAACUUCUAUUCUGGCUGGCAAGCAGCGAAGGCCAGUCACAAGUUCUUCUGUUUCCAUUUGACCCAAGAACGGAUGGGCGUAGCGUUCUUGUCCACUUACGUCAGUGAGAUAGCCUCUCCGGAUGUUCUAAUUGAUAUCGAGAAGAUCGUGCGUAGUACUCGGCAGUCCUUCCGCGAUUCCCUCCGGAACACUUCUUACAAGGACGGUAUCGUCGGCGCCCCGUACAACAACCAGACUCCCGAUUCGGUCACCGAGUACUUCAAGGCGUUCCUCGAAGAAAGAGUCAACGUCACCUUCUCAGCCUUCGGGAACAUGUCGUCUAGCCUCGUGGACAACUACAAGACCGCAGUGGACGGAUUGAGAAACACGCCGCUGACUGCGCUCGUCGUACCAGAGCAUUAUAAGACAACCGACGACAAAGACCUCGUGGUAUAUCACUCAAACAGGGACUUCGUGCUGGCACCUAUUACCUUGCAUGUCCCCUACUACGAUGUUAUGGCACCGACGGCCAUAAGGUACGCCGCGUUCGGGUCGAUAGUGGCAAGGUCUAUGUUGAAGAUAUUCAUAGAAGAGGUUCCUAAGUGGGACACAAAGUCUCGGCUGCGCUUGAAACACACGGCAGCUUGUCUUUCGGGGAACAACACGGAUCUCCACGAAUCCACGACGUCUUUGACCGCUUACGAGCGUCAAAUCGUCGUCGAAUCGACAGCCGUCAAUAUUCUGUGGAAGGCAGCCGUAGCCAGCGGGGCCUUGGCGGAUGCGGGGAUUACGUGGGUGAGGCCCAACAAGCUGUUCUUCAUAGUGUGGUGUUAUUUCUUGUGCGACAGAGAACCGGACGUGGGUCAUGUCUGCAACGUAGCGCUCCAAAAUAUGCCGAGCUUUGCGAGCGCCUACCAGUGUACCAGCAAGAAUGCCAUGGUGCGAAGCAAUGCGUGCAAAGUAUUUCCGAGCUGAGCGCCAGAAGUGCUCGUAUCAUUUCUUGCGGUGCAGCGGGGCUAGAGCUGCUUGAUAUAUUUGGGACAAUAAAACAUUAUGAUUA